ACUCAAACGAUGCAAACUUGAAUGGGCUUUGUAGUUUGCAGUCGUGAGGCAGACCCGAGCUGGGUAUACAGACGGAAACCCAGGCAGGUCUGUCAGCCCCGUUCGCGUCCGCGGCCAGGGUACGCUUGAAUCUAACGGACACCUGGAAGCCAGUUAAGCUGCCAGCCCGCGUACAAAGCCACCGUGCCGGGCUCUGACGAACAGGCCCUUCGUCGUCCUGGUAAUUUUUCUUUAUAAUCGCUACCGACCACGUAAGAUUCCUUCUCCCGCUCUGUGGCCCCACGCCCUUAACCACCUCCGCCCAGGCGAGAGCGGAAAGCGCCGGCGCUUCUCCUGCCCCUCUCCCUGCGCCAACACCCAGCUCAGCAGCAGGUUCCGGCUCCGGGCGUGGCGCCAACCGCCUCGUCAGAAAGGCUCCAGAGAGUUCAGAGCGACGGUUUUCCACCGAAGCUACGCUGCCGACCCUGCAAGGAAGUGCAACACAGUCGACAAGUCGGCGCCCAGAAGAGUCAGCGGGCGCCUCCUUUAAAGCCAGCGAGGCGGCGGCGGAAGUGCGGCGGGGUCAUAGAGUCCCCAACUUCCGGUGUCAGGGCCUCUUGCGGGCCUAGAGCGCCUCUCUUCCGCUGGGUCCCGGAGGUUUCCAUUUCCGGGUGCGGCUCUGUCAUAAAGCGGAGACCUCUCCUCAAGCGUGGUGUCGGGGGCUCCUCCGUGCCCGCGGUCAGCGCGCAAGGACGGCCGUGGGCGACGGUGCUUCCCAGCCCGCAGCUGGAGCCGGCCGUCGCGUCCCCGGCCCGCGUUGGCUCUCCUGAUCCUUCCCAGCCAGCGAGAUUUUGAGCCACCGCGAUUGAGGGUCCCGGGUUCGCAGCUCCAGGACCCCGCUCGUGGACAGCGCUCCUUCGCCCGUAGCUGUCCCUCCAAAUCAUGUUCUGCCUUGUGGGGUGCAGCAUUUGACAAGUCACCUUCUCCCCACAUACCCCUUUCCACAAACCAGGUCCGAGUUAACGUCUUUCCUGACCUCAGUUUCAGACCCCUCUCCUCUGCCCCCUCUCUUCACCUCUGGGUCUAUUUUCUCCAGUUCAAUUUUGCCUGUAAAACUGGAGUUUGGAGUAAUUACGCAGAAAGAUUACCUUUAAGACUGAGCAUUUGAUACAAAAAGAAAAAAUUUUCAUGCUAACGAGAGAGUUGGUGGGGAAACCAUGGCUGAGCACGGGGCGCACAUCACAACUGCUUCUGUGGCCGAUGACCAACCUUCCAUCUUUGAGGUGGUAGCACAGGACAGUUUAAUGACAGCAGUGAGACCUGCGCUUCAGCACGUGGUCAAGGUUCUUGCAGAAUCAAACCCUGCCUACUAUGGCUUCUUGUGGCGAUGGUUUGAUGAGAUCUUUACUCUGCUGGAUCUUCUGCUUCAGCAGCACUAUCUAUCUAAAACCAGUGCCUCCUUUUCUGAAAACUUUUAUGGCUUAAAGAGGAUUGUCAUGCGAGACACACACGCAGUUCAGCGGCUGGCCAGUGCUGGUCUCCCCAGGCAGCAGCUGUGGAAAUCGGUCAUGUUCCUGGUUCUUCUUCCAUACCUGAAAGUGAAGCUGGAGAAGCUGGUUUCUAGCCUGCGAGAAGAGGAUGAAUAUUCCAUCCAUCCCCCUUCUUCUCACUGGAAACGGUUUUACAGAGCCUUCCUGGCAGCCUAUCCAUUCGUUAACAUGGCAUGGGAGGGCUGGUUUCUCGUACAGCAGCUUCGCUACAUCCUAGGGAAAGCUCAGCAUCACUCGCCGCUGCUGCAGCUGGCUGGCGUUCGGCUAGGUCGACUGACGGUUCAGGAUAUUCAAGCUCUGGAGCGCAAACCGGCUGAAGCCAGCAAGAUCCAGCAACCGGCAAAGAGCAUCAGUGAGCAGAUUAAGUCCACUCUGAAGAAAGCUGUGGGGGGCGUGGCCAUAUCCCUCUCCACUGGCCUUUCUGUGGGCGUAUUUUUCCUGCAGUUCCUGGACUGGUGGUACUCAUCGGAAAAUCAAGAAACCAUCAAAUCACUGACUGCCCUGCCUACUCCACCACCCCCUGUACACCUAGACUACAACUCUGAUUCCCCUCUGUUACCUAAAUUGAAGACAGUGUGCCCACUGUGUCGUAAAACCCGAGUGAAUGAUACCGUUCUUGCCACAUCUGGCUAUGUGUUUUGUUACCGCUGUGUGUUUAACUAUGUGAGGAGUCACCAAGCCUGUCCCAUCACAGGCUAUCCUACCGAAGUACAACAUCUGAUCAAACUGUACUCCCCUGAGAACUGAAGGGACUGAGCACCUUCCUUCCUAGGGGCUGCACUGCAAGGCCCCAGGGCUGGUUUUCAGAAUGGCACAUAGCACAUUCUUCUCAGCCUCAACUGAUAACUAUGAACUUCAAACAACUGUAAGAAUUUCUUUUUAAAAGGACAGACCCAUUUGAUCCUAACCGUUUAGUCUGCUCUCUAGACCCCUACUUACAAAUGACCAAGCUGGUUUAAGUAGGAGACUUGAGAUUGGCAGGGGAUAUAAGGAUAACUAGGGGAAGGUUUUUCUAUCCUUUUCUAAAUUAAGAGCAAUAGAAGUUCUCAGGAAAAAACUCAGGUUAGACUUCAUGAAGUGAGUGGUAAAAGAAAGCAUUUAUCUGCCUCCUGAAGUGGUGGUUUUACCAAACAAUGUGAAAUGUGCACCUGCUCUUCACAGAAACACUCAGAGCACUACAGAACAAUGCUCCUGCUGUACACUGUGACCCAGUGACGUUUGGGACAGUUUAUCAGAUUUUUAAGAUUCUUUUCUGAGCCAUACAUGUCUUUUAUUGGGAAACCGGUUAAAACAGAGAUUGUUUAUAUAAACAUAGUCUGAAGAUGUCAGUGUGAAAGCAAAGCUAAUAAAAACAUAUAAAGUAAAAUACUUAACUGUGUAAAGAAAGGAUCUUUUAAUAAGCUUUUUCUGCUUGCUAUUAAGAGUUUGCUAAACUGGCAUGAAUUAUUCUGGCUAUUACUAAAACAUUUAAAUCAAUUUUAAGAAUGUUUCUAACAAAGAACUGUUCCAUGUUAGCAGGAUAAUGUGUAAACUUAAAAGAUUACUUGAGGUAUUUACAAUAAAUUUUCAUUCAUACUA